AUGAAUGAAACAACUCUAGUACCAUCCCACUUGGAACAAACACGCUUCGGGGCUACCAAAUAUACCCCGGAGUUCGAUGUUCAGGGUAAGGUGAUCGUCGUCACCGGUGGAGGCAGAGGGUUGGGCCUCUGCAUGGCUGAAGCCUUAUUUCAAGCAGGAGCAAUCGUACACUGUCUCGACCGCCUUCCAGAACCGCACGAUGAUUUCCCCACCGCCCAAAAGCUCAACGGAAGAAGCAUAGGCGGCAGAAUCCACUACCACCGAAUCGAGCUGACCAACACGCAAGAGCUUCACCAGCUAGUCGCCGACAUCGCAACUGAGCACCAAAGGCUGGAUGGUCUCAUCGCCGCCGCCGGAGUUCAACAAGUCACCUCUGCCCUAGAUUUCCAAGUGGAAGAUGUUCGAAAGAUGCUCGACGUAAACUACGUGGCCGUUCUGAUGUCGGCACAAGCCGUUACCACCCAGAUGUUGAAAUGGAACACACCCGGAAGUAUCAUGCUGGUAGCCAGCAUGUCCGCCAUGGUGGCCAACAAAGGUCUCCGAACGUGCGUCUACAAUUCCAGCAAGGCAGCGGUGUUCCAGCUGACUCGAAACCUUGCGAUGGAGUGGGGUAAGGAAGGUAUACGCGUCAACUCGCUGUGUCCAGGCCACAUCGUGACGCCAAUGGUGGAGAAGAACUUUGAGGAUGAACCCUGGCUUAGAGAGAUGUGGGAGAACGAGAACAUGCUGGGCCGACUGUCGAAACCAAAUGAGUUCAGAGGGGCAGCGAUAUUCUUGUUGAGCAAUGCUAGCUCUUUCAUGACUGGGAGCUCGCUGGUCAUUGAUGGUGGACAUACAGCAUGGUAA